AUGCCUUGGAUCCGGGCCUCAGGAACAGAAGUGCCUUUGCUUCCUCCUCAUGAUGCAGAUGUCCUGCCUUACUCCGUACGGGUCCUGUUGGAGGCUGCGGUGAGGAACUGUGAUGGCUUUUUGCUGAAAAGGGAAGACGUCCUGAACAUCCUGGACUGGAGAGCCAAGCAGAGCAAUGUGGAAGUGCCCUUCUUCCCCGCCCGCGUGCUCCUCCAGGACUUCACGGGGAUCCCGGCCAUGGUGGACCUCGCCGCGAUGCGGGAGGCGGUGAAGACGCUGGGAGGGGACCCUAAGAAAGUCCACCCCGCCUGCCCCACAGACCUCACGGUCGACCACUCUCUACAGAUCGACUUCAGCAAAUGUGCGAUACAGAACGCGCCCAACCCUGGAGGCGGGGACCUGCCGAAAGCCGCCAAGCUCUCGCCACUCAAAGCGCCGCCCAGGAGGCUGCCCUGCCGAGGCCCAGCCGCCUGCCGGGGGCCCUGCGAUCCGGGGGAGCCGAGCCUGGGCCGCGGCGCCGGGAGGCCGUCCACGCAGAUCGAGAACACCCCCCUGCUGUGCCCUUUCCACCUGCAGCCAGUGCCUGAGUACGUCUUCUUACUUCUCAUCACUGCUGCUUGUUUCUCAGGGAACCC